AUGAUCAAUGGAUCCAUUGAUGGAGAGCUCAAGCAACUGCGUAUCACACUGAACAUCUCGAACCCGGCCAGCGAUGACCAGCUCAUUACCCUCGAGAUCUUUCCCGACAUGACGGUAGCGACCUUGCGCGAUUCCAUAUACCGAGAAACCCAGAUUACCCCCGACUCCCAGCAUCUCUACCACAAUGGCAAUCUCAUCGCCAAUACCUCCCAGACCAUGGAACAGCUUCAAAUCAAGGAUCACGACCUGCUCGCUCUUCACGUGCGCGACCCGCACGUGAGCACGGGUGCACCGCAGCCUCGCCGUCAGGCUCCCGUAGCACCAAGGCCCGGCCAGCCCGACCCCGAGUACCUCCGCCUUCAGAUCCUUGGUAAUCCCGUAAUGCGCCAGGAGCUCCAACGAAAGGACCCGGAGCUCGCUGGUGCCGUCGACGAUCCCCAGCGAUUCUCCCAAAUCUUUCGCCAACGGGUCGACCGAGAAGAGCGUGAGAGGAAUGACAGACAGCGGCUCAUCCAGCAACUCAAUGAUGAUCCGUUUGAUCUCGAGAAGCAGUUGAAGAUUGAGGAGAUGAUUCGACAGGAACGGGUCAUGGAGAACCUCCAGAGCGCCAUGGAAUACAACCCGGAAGUUUUCGGCACCGUCCAUAUGCUCUAUGUGGAUGUUGAGAUCAAUGGCCACAAAGUAAAAGCCCUGGUAGACUCUGGUGCUCAGGCUACUGUAAUGUCUCCCGCCUGUGCCGAAGCGUGUGGCAUCAUGCGCCUCGUAGACAAGAGGUUUUCUGGUAUUGCUCGCGGCGUGGGAACUGCUACCAUCAUUGGCCGUGUCCAUGUUACUCAGAUCAAAAUUGGCAGCCUCUUCCUUCCCUGCAGUUUUACCGUUAUGGAGGGUAAAGCAGUGGACCUCCUCCUAGGCCUUGACAUGCUCAAGAGACAUCAAGCGACUUUGGACUUGUCCAGGGAUAAGCUCAUCAUCCAGGGGCAGGAAGUUUCCUUCCUUGGCCCGGCCGACAUCCCCAAGGAACAGGAGGAGGCGCUUGUGGAAGAGCCCACCGUUGCUGGCCCCGCAGGCACAAGAAUUGGCCAAAAGUCUGGCGCCGUGAAGGGCCCUGAGAGCUCGGGGGAAGCUGAACCCUGCACCACCUCAGCCCCAGGCACCCCGAGCGGGGCUGGCCAGCGUCAGUUCUCGGAGGAUGACAUUCGCUCGAUAGUCGGUCUAGGGUUUGCGAGACAGGAUGCCAUCAUCGCCCUGCAGGCGACAGACGGUAACGUUGAUCAGGCUGCCAAUCUUCUAUUUGCUAGGACUGAAUAA